CUGCCUUCGCCUUCACUGGUGAAUUGGCCCCCUCCGCUCCCACUACUCUCUCCGCUUCUGCCGAUUUCCCGCAGUAGCUAUGGCGGUCAUGAGUUUGUUGCAGCGGGCUUCGGUCACUGCGGUGGCAGCUCUGUCUGGCCGCCAGCUCGGUACUCGGCUCGGAUUUGGGGGCUUCCUCACACGUACCUUUCCGAAGACUGUCGCUCCUGUUCGACACAGUGGAGACCAUGGGAAAAGAAUGUUUAUCAUCAAACCUUCUGGAUUCUAUGAUGCACGUUUUUUGAAAUUAGUAAAAUUCUACAUUUUGUUGACUGGGAUUCCGGUAGUAAUUGGCAUAACUCUGAUAAAUGUAUUUAUUGGUGAAGCUGAAUUAGCAGAAAUUCCAGAAGGCUAUAUCCCAGAACACUGGGAAUAUUAUAAGCAUCCUAUAUCAAGAUGGAUUGCCCGCACUUUCUUUGAUGGGCCCGAAAAGAAUUAUGAGAGAACAAUGGCUAUCCUUCAAAUUGAAGCCGAAAAAGCUGACUUACGGUUAAAGGAGCUAGAAGUACGAACAUUAAUGCGAGCGAGAGGUGAUGGACCCUGGUAUCAAUAUCCAACCAUUGAUAAGGAACUUAUUGAUCAUUCUCCAAAAGCAACUCCUGACAACUAAUCUUAUUUUUCCAACUAUGAAGUAUAUUCUCUAUAGUGGAAAAUAAAACAUUAAAUAUAUUCUGUA